CUCAAGAGUCACUUCAUCAUUCACCUGCAAAACAACCACAACAAUCUCAGCAUGGCCAAUCUCGUCACCAUACUUGGCAGCGAUAGAUUUCUGCCAGUCUUUGACACCCUCACUGCGCACCUUCCCAUCAAAGACAUAGUCGCACUCACUCGCACUUGCCGUACACUCAAGCCCCUGUAUCAAAACUUGGUCAGCAGAGGCGCCUGGAACAUCAACGAUCGACUCAAGCAAUUCGUCAACGACCCGGUUGGAUUCAGAAAGAGACUGACGGAACUUGAUGGCAUUAUCUCCGGAGGCUUUGCUCUGCAGUUUAUGGAUCGUGUCCGAUGGGAGGGCUCGGAUCUAGAUGUUUGCGUGCAGGUUGGAGAGAAGGCUGAUGCGUUUUGCCGCUACAUGGAGGAGGUCGAAGGAUAUGAUCUUGCUUCUCGUAAGGUUGGGAAGUACAACUGGACUCAUGUCGACAUGGUUCAUCAGUACGACAAAGUGGUCGAUGGCGAGAUUGUUAGGCUGGAAAUCAUCCUGACCCAUCAACAUCCCAUCCACUCUACUCUUUCGACUUACACGACUGCGUUGGUUAAUGUCAUUACGGGCAAUCACGCUUACAGCAUCUUUCCCAAUGCUACCUUUAUCAAACGCCAGACAUAUCCUACCCGCAUCCCAGACUACUUCAACGGCGUCAUCCUUCACCAGAAGUACAAAGACAGAGGUUGGCAGUUCAUCCAGCGAAUCCCCAAGAAGAAGAGAGUGACAGAGGAGCUUGAUUUGGGACGCCGUCACAUUGGCGACAAGCAUACUUGGAAGAUAGCGUUGUCACCAAUGUCGGACAAGGCAGCAGACAGUGCAGAAGGCGCAGUCGAGGGACUCGAGUUUGAGAUGAAGAGGUGCCAGGAUUUGUCUUACGAGGUAGCACUCGAAUGGUUGGAUGUGGUAGCUACACAACAAACCGGUUGA